AUGGAGGGGGAUAGCUCGACUGAAAAGUGGCAGAGAGGAGCCCCACUCUGGACCCCUCUGGCUGGGGACCAACUCCCCAGGCUGAAGGAGACAUCUGCCUGCCGCCCGAGGAGGGCCUCUGGCCUCCGCUGCAGCCCCUUAUCUCCACGUACCUGCCCGCCCCUCUGCUGCUGCCUCCCAUCCAGGCCCACAACUUCUGCAGCCGGCCCCCGAGCAUGAGCGCGAGUGAGUGGGCGUCCCCGCGGGAGUACCACUGCUUCUACUGCCCAAACGCACCCCUGCCGCCAGCCCCGCCCCUGUGGGCCUUUCCGCAGGCUUACGCCGCAGUCCUGGGCCCGCCGUUCCCCGCGACCGGCUAUGCGGGGCCCGUGCUGCAACCCCCCACGGCGGCGGCGGCGGCAGCGGCGGCAGGCGAGAGCUGGGCGCCGUGGCCAGAGGGCGGUAGCCUGCAGGCUGAGCUGCGCUGGGGCCGCGUGGUGCUCGCCCCGGGCCCGCAGCGCAAGCUGCCCGACUACGUGCUUCGGGAGUUGCGGCGCGUGUAUGGCACUUACCCGCGCACCGACGUGCGCAUCACCUACCGCCGCGGCGAGUUCCUGUUGCAGGCCGCGCCGCGUGUCCGCGAGCCCGAGUACCGCGUCGAGAGGCGCGUGCUGCGCCGGCCCGCCAGCGGCGACUUCAGCCCAGCCCGGGAAACUAAGGAACGCGGCCGCCAGAAGAAGAGGAAAGGCCUGA